UGUCAUAUCUUCCUUUGUACCAAUUUCCCCAGCUUCCAACUAUGAAAUACUUACAUACUCAAAAUGUUGAGAAAUGCUGGAAUAAAUUGAGUUUUCCCUUAGCAGUUCUGACAAUAUCCUCUCAUUUGGCAUGUUUUUCUAUAAGACAGUGAUUGUCUUCAUUCCAAAGAACAUUUCAGACGUCACUAAUGUCGAGGUAAUGAACACCUCCUUCACAAUCUCAUUUCUAGUGCAAUUUCAUUAAAAAAAAAAAGAUGAUUGCAGUGUGGCAAAUUGGGGGCAUAAUGUUGUCCAAAAGAGGGCAGCAUAGACUUAACUCGCUGCUUUUUAUCACAUGCAUGUGUCAGCAAGUUUUACCCAUGGACCGCUGUCCACCCCCACGGUGUAAUACUGUACUCUCUUGUACAUUUUCACAUUAUUUGAGACCACAUUCUGCUUAGGGGUUUAAAUUGCAGCCAUGACGGUGGCGUUUGGCUGCCCUAUCGAGGAAAGUUGAAUUCAUCAAAAUCUGAUUACAUGCACUUGUUCACUACCACUUUAUUCGGUACACUUGGUCAAAAUACAAUUCAAUAUCGAAGAAUUGUGUGAAAGAUGUUUCUAAAGAAAUAUCAUAGUGUUCAAGUUUCAUAAUACAUCUUAAUGUGCCUGUAAUUUGUCAUCCUGUAGAAGGGUUUAUUAUUUUAUCAUGUUUCAUUGGUUGACUCACAAAGCUGAUUGCAAUGUUCACAUUUUUGUUUUAUCCACUUUCUCGUGUGAAUUAUUAACUUAUUGGUUCAUUAUUAUUUGUCAUAAUUUUAAGGUGGUGUAAGUCACCUCACUGAGAAAAAACCCAGCCCCGAGGGUAUGUGUUUUGUAACUUCCUGUUGAUGUAUUCAAGGUCUGUGUGUGUGCGUGUGUUUGUGUGUGCUUGCCUGUACCAGUGUUGUGGGUUGGGCAGGCAGGAUUUGACAAAUAAAGAUCCCAGAUGUUUGUAUGUGGGAGUAAGAGUGAAGCUGAGAUUUAUCACACUCACCUGAGAUUCAUCUGAGGAGCACCACAGGAAUUCCAGGAUUCCCGAGAGUUCGUUUUGGGAUCCGGCACUGAGAGGAACAUGUUAGGUGGACUGCUGCCCUUACUGCUGCCGCUCGCCUUCCUGCUGGGAUGGGGCCGGCCGUGCUCAGCCUUCAACCUGGACACCGAGGACGUCUUGCGCAAGGACGGAGAUCCAAAAAGCCUGUUCGGCUUCUCCCUCGCCAUGCACCGCCAGCUUCAACCGGAGGAUAAAAGGAUGCUCUUGGUCGGCGCCCCUCGAGCCAAAGGCUUCAGCGGUCAAACGGCCACAGUGACGGGCGGACUCUUCAGCUGUGACAUGAGCUCACCGUCUACAGGCUGUGUGCGAGUUAACUUUGACGACGACGAGGACACCAACAGAGAAAGCAAAGACAACCAAUGGAUGGGGGUGACAGUCAACAGCCAGGGCCCGGGUGGCAAGAUUGUGACCUGUGCCCAUCGGUAUCAGCGCAGGACCAAUGUGAAGACCACCAUCGAAUCGCGUGACAUCAUCGGCCGCUGCUACGUGCUGAGUCAGGAUUUGAAAAUCGAUCCUUCCUCCAGCGAGGACGGAGGAGGCUGGCAUUUCUGUGACAGCAGGCCAAGAGGUCACGAGAUGUUCGGCUCCUGCCAGCAGGGCCUCUCGGCCACUUUCGACAAGGACUACCAUUACCUCAUUUUUGGGGCUCCCGGAGCAUACAACUGGAAAGGUGUGGUCCGCCUGGAGCAAAAGAACGACACCCUCCUCGAGAUGGGCAUUUAUGAUGACGGGCCGUUUGAGGCAGGGGAUGAAAACGAGAAGAAUCCCGAUUUAGUCCCGGCUCCGGCCAGCAGCUACCUUGGUUUCUCUCUGGACUCGAGUAAAAGUCUGACCAAAAAAGGCCAGCUGACGGUAGUGGCGGGAGCUCCCAGAGCCAAUCACAGCGGGGCGGUGGUUCUGCUUAAGAAAGGCCCCGAUACGAGCAACAUUUUGCUGGAGGAGUACACACUGGAAGGGGAGGGGCUCGCCUCAUCUUUCGGGUAUGACCUGGCCGUGCUGGACCUCAACGGGGACGGAUGGGAGGACAUAGUGGUGGGAGCACCGCAGUACUUUGAGAAGGACGGCGAAAUCGGAGGCGCUACGUAUGUCUUCAUAAACAAGGCCGGAAAAUGGGACCAGGUCAAACCCACCAGGAUAGACGGAACGAAGGACUCCAUGUUUGGCCUGGCUGUGGAAAAUCUGGGAGACAUCAACCAGGAUGGUUACCAUGAUUUUGCAGUGGGAGCUCCAUAUGAUGAUGACAACUCAGGAAAUGUCUACAUCUACCAUGGAUCCAACACAGGACUCGAAUCCAAAAAAGCAGCACAGAUUUUAUCCGGCAAGCCUUCAGGUGUGACGAUGUUUGGCUACUCCUUAGCGGGUAACAUGGAUCUGGACAAGAACUCCUACCCUGACCUGGCUGUCGGAUCCCUCUCUGAUGCCGUUUUUGUCUACAGAGCCCGUCCAGUCAUCGCCAUCAAGAAGGAAAUCAGUUUCUUGCCAAAGGAAAUUGACCUGACCAAGAAGAACUGUGGGAACAACUUCUGCAUGAAAAUUCAGGCUUGCUUCACGUACACGGCCAACCCCAAGAGCUACUCUCCCAGACUGACUGUUGCAUACACCAUGGCGGUCGACGCUGACCAAAGGAAGAAGAAUCUAAUCCCGAGGGCCGCCUUCACUCAGCAGUCGGCCUCUGACAGCAACUAUGAGUCCAAAGGGACCGUCGUCUUGGACACCAAAGGAAGAAAGCAGUGCAUUACACGCCAGCUGGCCAUACAGGACAAUAUUCGUGAUAAACUUCGAGGGGUACCCAUUGACGUGGAUGUGGAGAUCCAGAACGCCAAACGCAAACGCAGACAGAGCUCCGGCGAAACACCGCCUGUCCUUGAUGCCAAAGACGAAGUACCAACUCGUGGGGAGGUGCAAUUUGUGAAGGAGGGUUGCGGCAGUGACAAUAUUUGCCGCAGUAACUUGAAAAUAGCGUAUCGCUACGGCCACAAGUCAACGGAUAACACGUUCAAGCCGUUACCAUUGGAGAACGGCGUGCCCCUGAUCUCGCUUAGCCAGCAGAAGGACAUCGCCUUAGAGGUCAAGGUGACCAAUCAGAACGGAGAUGACGCGCACGAGGCAUCAGUGGUCGCCUCCUUCCCACGUGCCCUCACCUACUCCACAUUCCGCGGCCCACCCAAUGUAGUGACUUGCACGGCCAAUAAGAAUGGCUCUAAGGCGACCUGUGACCUCGGAAACCCCUUCAAACGGGAUUCUGAGAUGACCUUCUACAUUAUUCUGGGAACCGUUGGCAUCUCAUUAAACACCACCGAAUUAGAAAUUGAGCUUCAACCUGCGACAACCAGCGAGCAGCCGACGCUAGCCGCCGUUAAAGCGAAGGCAAACGUGGCCAUCAUGUUGCAGCUGUCAAUAUCAGGUCAAGCUCAGCCCUCCCAAGUGCAAUUUGCAGGAAAAAUCAAAGAUCAGAAUGCAAUGAAGACCGAAGGUGACAUCGGAAGUCCCCUCACGCAUCAGAUCAGAAUUAUCAACGUCGGAAGGCGCUUGACGGACUUUGGUACUGCCACCCUGCAUAUUGACUGGCCCAAGACCACGGAGCAGAACAAGUGGCUGCUCUACUUAACGAAGGUCACAGCCACGGGUGUGAGCCAAAUCGAGUGUACGCCAAAAUCGGAGAUAAAUCCUCUCAAAAAGGAUGUCAGCAACAGCAGGAUGAAAAGGGCUUCACAAAAGAGCCAGGAAGGCAAUGAAGGGAUUAUUUCACGUUUGGUGGACAAGAAGCAAUCUAAAAUUCUGUCAUGUGACAACGGGGCUAAAUGUGUGAAGAUCAAGUGUCCCCUGCGGGGCCUGGACAGUAACGCGGUCAUCACGCUUCACUCUCGUCUCUGGAACAGCACGUUGUUGGCGGAUUACAGCAAGCUGCAUCAUGUGGAGGUGAUCGUCAAGGCGGCUGUGCAUGUUGAAAGCACAAGAAAGAACAUGGUGCUGCAGAACGCUGAAACAGAGAUGAGAGUGACUGCGUUCCCUGAGAGGAGUGAGGCCCGAUAUGGAGGAGUUCCGUGGUGGAUCAUCUUCUUGUCUGUUCUCCUGGCACUGCUCUUACUGGCUCUGUUGAUUUUCCUUCUCUGGAAGUGCGGCUUCUUCAACCGGGCUAAACACGAGGACAAGGUUCCCAGUUACAAUGCAGUUCGGAUAAAACGCCAGGACAGAGACGUGAACGUGGAUUGGCAAAACCUGGAAAAGAAAUCCUGGGUGACAACGUGGCACAACAACGGACAUUAUUCUUAACCCUGAAUAUCAUUGUGGGGGACUGUAAAUAGCAAGAUAUUGUUUGUACAUGUUUUUUAAAAGAGUCACAGUUCAAAAUACUUCGAUCAAACUUUCUGCAUCAGGGGCUGAUUUUUACUUUUCAGUGCAAGUACAAACACUUCCAGUGUCAUACACUAGAUGGUCCUGUUAUAGCUUAGGAGCUUAUUGUGUACAUUUUCUUGUGUUUUCAAUCUGGGGUGGGAGAGAGUGGGAAGGGGGGGGAUUCAUUUUUUAUAAUUUGUUUUUGAAUUUUUGUAUUUAUUCACUCAAGAGGUACUUUGUUACGCGCUAUACAGACCAAAAAGUCAUGUAAUGCUAACAUGUGUGAAAUGUACUAUUCCCAACAAUGCAUCUGCCUGAAUUAGUACAUUGUGGACUGAUUGCAAUGUACAACAGCAAAAUGGAAUUUGUCAAAAACAUACAAAUAUACAUACAAAUAAUAAAUUUGAAAGUUGUGUAAUGUAAUUUUAAAUUGAAAGACGGGUUAAAUGUGGAUAUGUUGAAAGCAUUAUUUAUUAAAACAAAAGACAUGUAAAAUCA